UUACUUAUAUACAUAAGUAUAUGAAAUUCGCACCUCUUUGUCGUUGCGUUAGUCGGUGAUUCCCGGGUUGUUGUAGGUAGUACUAAGUCCGAAUCAAUACGGCGUAAUGGAUUCUAAAAAUCUAACGAGAACGCCAAUAUCUAGCCGGGCACCCCAAGAAACUAUCACCGGGGACAAGACUGGGAGCCAGUCAGUUCCCAAAAUCCAACUAAUACAGGCUGAUUUAGGUUGGUACGGCCAAGAUAAAUUCUGUCCAAGUCCCACCUAUCUAGAUAGAGUCUAUCCAAGUAAGAGUAUAAGGACCAAAGUACGGAUACAACCAAAUUACGCUACAUCUGCGAAUAUCAACGGGACACGGUUUGCGAGAUAUAUUAGCCCGGACAAUAUCCUCCCAGUCACAUGGACUUAUAUGGACCAACUUUUCGAUGCCUCGUCUAAAUGGGCCCAGAAUCAAAUUUCUGAUUGCAUCAAUUCACACGGGGAAUGUCGCCAAGUCGGCAAAGAUGUCCCAUUUAUUCCCUCACGUCUGAUUAACGUCAGUAUUGGGGAACUAGGGGAAGAUGUAGUGCUCGAGGAUGAUACUUCUAUUUUUCCAGGAUCAGCAUAUGCUGCGCUGAGUUACUGCUGGGGUGGCUACGACCCAGACUGCAUGACUACGGCUGACAGCUUAGAAGAGAACAUGCGAAGAAUUCCAUGGUCAAAAUUACCGGCAACUUUUAAGGACGCGGUCAGAUUUACACGAAGUCUCGAUAUCAAGUACUUAUGGAUCGACUGUAUUUGUAUAGUCCAACACGAUAAGAGGGACUGGCACCGGCAAGCAGGACUAAUGUGGGAUAUAUACAAAUAUUCUCAUGUGACGCUGACUGCCUUAUAUGGGAGCUCCAGCAAAUCUGGACUUCGUUCAACCUCGAUGAAGAAUGAAUUAACUAAGGUGGCAGAGUUGUCACUUAAUGAUCAUCGUUGGCCUAUUUACACGCGACUUCCCCAUUAUCUACAAACUAGUUUUGAUCCAGACUCAUCUAAGGAAAUAGAAAAACGGUCACCUCUACUAUCUCGAGCCUGGGCAUAUCAAGAGCGCAUGAUUAGCCCGAGGGUGCUUUACUUUACGGAAAGCGAGAUAAUCUUUCAAUGCUUUGCCCACAGUGCUUGCGAGUGUGGUGCGUUAAAACAUGACCAUUUCCAAAUCCAGAAGCCUUCAGUCAUAGGCUGGGGACAGUUUUACAUGUUCGAAAACGAGAGUUGGAGGGCCCUGGACUCAACUCUCCCAGAUGACGAUGCAUGGCAAUUGAUUGCGGCAACGUGGAGAGACCACAUCGUGAAGGAAUAUAGCGGUCUAUUAUUAACUAAACCAGAGGACAGACUGGUGGCUCUUGGAGCUAUGACAAAGCAAUUCCAAAAACUCCGCCCCUGCGAAUCCUACUUCGCAGGCCUAUGGAUAAGAUCACUGGUCGAAGAUCUGCUCUGGAGGUGCUCCAUUUUGCCUUUUAAAGAAAACAGAGGCAUCUUGAAAGAGGCCUUAAGGAGGCCGUACUCUUUACCAACUUGGUCGUGGGCAUCCUUACAGAGUGAUGUUGACUUUCCCCGGCUUAGAUUGUGGUUCGAAAGGAUAGUCGUCGCGACAGUAUCCGAAGCCUCAUUCGAUUACGACGGGCACAGUUAUCUAGGCCGCCUGAUUAAAAGCCUUUUGAAAUUGCGAGGCAAACUAAUGCCUGGUAUGGUAGAGUGGCAUAACGAUACGGAAUGCAGCAUUUCUAUUCCACACGUUGGAAAUUGGGCGAGCCUAAUGAAUUCAAAAGAUACUACGUAUGUAAAGGGAAACUACCUUGAAAAGGUUCAUAUGGAUCACGACGAUGAUGGGUACCAAUGUAUUCCCCGGCGACAGAAGGUAUACUUACUUUGGAUGUUUGCCGAUUUCAAAGCAACUGACGAGGAGACCAUGAUUCGAUACUAUCUGAUCCUUCGUCGUGAAGAAGAGGAUAAAAACGUUUUUUCUAGGGUAGGGAUUAUGGAAUACACAGCCGAGGUGCAUGAGGAUCUAUGGGACAUUUUCAACACUGCCAAGAGGUAUAAGGAUGCGUGGAGAAUUCUCGAUGAGCACAGUGUUAUGACAGAAUGUGAGAUUCGCUGAAAACGAGUUAUAGCGUUUUAUUUCUAAAUGUCUUAAGUGCUUGUACAUAAAAGAUAUAUGGAUGCUAGUUUCUCUAUGGUCUAUUUGGAUUUUAUUUCUAUUGUAUAUAUCACGUUAGAGAAUAUCGGUUACAUAGGGCCAAAAAGUAAAUGUACAAUAGUGUCUUGACAAAAAUCAAAACGAGCAGCCAUUUAUUAUAUACGAAAGGAUGAAAAAGUAUCCUUAUAUAUGUCAAA